UGACAGCCCAGACACAAUCUGGCGGAAAGAAACGUCAGUGCUUUCUUCAAUGCACACUGCGCAGAUAGCGCAGACUGUUGGCCCGCCCCUACCGGGAUUCUACGGAUAGUUCGCAAGAGGCGUUGGUGAAUGACCUGCCUUUCGUGUGUUGACGUAAACCAGAGGUAUUUUUCUCUUUUUUUUGGUACCGAGCGAAGGGGAGAUGCACACGGCACUCGAGUGAGGGGACCAGAAUUAAGGGGACAAUGCGAGUCCAAGCGCACACCAAGUUCUGUUUCCUGUGUGUGCUCACCUUCCUCUUCCAUCAGUGUAACCACUGCCUUGGAGACAGGCACAGCGGACUUCAGCAUACCAAUCACAGCCAUGUCCACAGCGACCUGCAGAUUUCCGAGGCUCCAUACGUAAAAGGACCCACUUUGUCCCCGGAGCCUGUAAGUCGCAAAGGGCAUUCUCUAGAGGAGGAGCAGCGCUUCUACAUCCAGCAGCUGUUCAGGCGCUACGGCCAGAAAGAUAGGCUUGAUUUCCAGGGAUUUCAGAGUCUGCUGUUUAGCUUGGGCCUGGGUGAAGUGAAGGUGGUAGAUGUAGAUCAUGAGGAACUAGGCCAUGACCAUGUAGCACACCUUGACCUGGUGGAUGUGCAGGAUGGGCUUCACUCACAUUCAUCCACCAAUGACGGCCAUAGCCAUGGCCAUGGCCAUGGGCACGGUCAUCCACACCACAAGACCGGCUCCCAUCAUCCACUAACAGAACAAGAACCGACAAAGUGCAACCAGCAAACCACUGCUGCCAGUCCGUCUGAUGGUGAACCUACAGGACAUCAUAGGCGUUAUGCAGAAAAUGAUAGAGGAAUAGAAGAUAUUGAUCAUAAACACUCUAAUGGACAUGUGCAGGGCACACAUGAUCAAGCACAUAACAAGGAGCACAAACAUGGGCAGGUACAGGUGGACUCUAACCACAAGGACCUGUCUUCUCAACCUCACAGUGACCACGGUCAAAGUGACAAUAUUGUCCCCGAAGUGCAGAAAGUCUCAGCCAAUCCUCCCCUCAGCCAGGAACAACAACUCUCUGCCCAGUCACAGCCGUCCCCAGUCCCUCAGGUGCCACAGCCCACUCCUGCCACCAUAGGAAGUCGGCCCAAGAAGCAUGGAAAGCCAUCCAGGGUCAGGGGACAGCGAGGGCAGAACAAAACUUCUCCUCCCACAACUCAGCCUUUUGACCAAGACCAUCAGUCUGAGAACAGUCAUGGUCAUGGUCAUGGUCACAGUCACGGUCACAUCCAUUUUCAUAAAGAUAAGAGAGAGGCAGCAGGAGGGCCUGCCAUCCCCACUUUGCCAGUUCCGGUCUUGUCUGGCCACCCAGAAGGAGUGGUUCACCAACAUGAGGAGUGUUUGAACCUGACUCAACUCCUCGCCUUCUACGGCCUGAGUCCUGAUUCGCUCAUCUCGCCCAGCCAGUUCACCUACCUGUGUCCUGCCCUGCUUUACCAGAUAGACAGUCGUGUCUGCAUCCGCCAUUACCACCAGAUGGAUGUGGAGCAGAAAGCUUUGGAGCCCGUCAGUUCCGUGUGGGUGUGGCUGUGGGGGUUUGUGUCCAUCACCAUCAUCAGCCUGCUAUCUCUGCUGGGCGUGGUGCUCGUACCCAUCCUCAAGCAAUCCUGCUUCAAGUUCCUGCUCACCUUCCUGGUGGCGCUGGCUGUGGGCACGCUCAGUGGCGACGCUCUCCUUCACCUGUUGCCUCACUCCCAGGGACAGCAUGACCACAGCGAGCCUGCAACAAGUCAUGACAUUGAUCUGGUAACAGCCUUUGAUGGGGUGUGGAAGGGCCUAACGGCGCUGGCCGGCAUCUACCUCCUCUUCAUCAUCGAACACUGUAUCGGCAUGUUUAAGCACUACAAAGACCACAGGGGCAUGAAGAAGCGGAGCGAGGAGGGCAAGAUUGGCAGGAAGUUGUCCGAUCACAAGUUAAAUCGGCGGUCAGAUGCUGAGUGGCUGCACUUGAAGCCGCUCAGUGAAGACCCUGACAGCACCGCCGUCUCCUGCGACAACGGUCACAACGACACGCAGCUCACAGAGCUCCAGACGCCCGACUCUCCCACCAACAAGACGCCGCUGGCACCCACAAUCCCCCAACAAGAGUCGCCCACUAAGGAGAACGGGCGCAAGGCCAAGAAGCACGGCCACUCGCACGGACACGGCCACUCUCACGGUGGGAACUGCCACUCAGACCAGGAGAUGAAGGACGCCGGUAUAGCCAGCAUCGCCUGGAUGGUCAUCAUGGGCGAUGGCAUGCAUAACUUCAGCGACGGCCUGGCUAUAGGCGCGGCAUUCAGUGCCAACCUGACAGGAGGCAUCAGUACAUCAGUGGCUGUUUUCUGCCAUGAAUUGCCUCAUGAACUUGGUGACUUUGCGGUGCUGCUGAAAGCAGGGAUGUCAGUGAAGCAGGCCAUUGCCUACAAUCUGCUGUCCGCCCUCAUGGCCUACGUUGGCAUGGUGAUUGGCACAGCUGUGGGCCAGUACACACACAAUGUCACCAGCUGGAUCUUUGCCAUCACGGCUGGCAUGUUCCUUUAUGUGGCUCUGGUGGAUAUGCUGCCAGAAAUGCUUCACGGGGACAGUGAGGACCACAAGCGCUGCCAGCUGGGACACUUUAUCCUGCAGAACCUGGGCCUGCUGACCGGGUUCGGCAUCAUGCUGCUCAUCGCCAUCUUCGAAGACCGCAUUGUUUUUGAUUUUGGCUUUUAGUCGAGAAGUAGAGAAGGGGGGGGCUGGGCAGCGUAAGGAGGAGAGAGCUGGAUGUAUCAAUAUUGUUCUUCUUGGCCUUAACACGCUUUGUUUGCAAUGUAACGGCCCAGUCUUGCAUGCAAUGUGGGUCCCGUUCACAACCAGUGCCACCAUUCCAAACCAUGCUGCGGUAGUUUAUGCAUAUCUCAUGACUCUGCCAGUGAUGUUUACACUCCGCUCCUCCAUUACCUCUCUCCUCUGUCAGCGCCAAUCUGUCUGCUCCUUGUGAAGAAA